AUGGAACCCAAAUCGAUUUCUAUUCUGGUCCUCUUGGUGCUGGCUGCGGCCGCGGCAGCCACGCAGCCGUUGCUGACAACUGUGACGGGGAAACUAAUGGGAGUGAAAGAGGCGAUUCACGGAAAAACUGUCAACUCGUAUCUCGGGGUCCCGUAUGCGGAACCUCCCACAGGUCAGAGAAGGUUCAUGAAACCGAUUCCCCUUCUGCCCACGCCCGGAGUGUUCAACGCGACUCGGAUACCGCCGCUGUGCAUGCGACCCAGCCGGAUGGAGCUCAAAAUGAGCGAGGACUGUCUCUACCUGAACCUCUGGAUACCGAGCAAGCCCGACGGAAACCCCGAACAGAUGAAAGCAGCCCGCGGGAUGAACGUCCCAAUCGUGGUUUAUAUACCGAGUUUUGAUCAGAUCAUAAUUCCGGACGGGGCCGAAUUCGCCGCCAGAAACGACGUCGCCUUCAUUUCGCUGAACUAUCGCGUAGGUGCGCUGGGUUUCCUAUUCUCAGGAAGUCCCGAAGCUCCAGGAAACGCGGGCCUAUACGAUAUUCUAGAAGCCUUGCGGUGGGUGAAAUUGAACUCCAGGCUUUUCGGGGGAAACCCCGGAGACAUCACGCUCUGGGCCAAAGGAGAAGGUGCCGCCGUGGCCGCUGUUCUAAUGACCUCUCCCAUGACUAAAGACCUUUUCCAAAAAAUCAUCUUCGAAAGUGGCAGCGUACACACGAGCCGCAACUCCUUCAAAACGAAUUCCGAGGCUGUGACAUCUCGACUUCUGGUGAACGCGGGCUGUUUCAACUAUUCGAAGACAUGGGAGUCUCAAAGGGACGAAGCGAUUCGUUGCUUGAAAGUGGUGCAUCCCGAAGUCAUCAUCGGAUCGCAAAACUUCGAGCCGGAUGCUUUCCAGCCGGUGAUAGGGGAUUCGCUGAUUCCCGACGAGCCCUUCCAAGGGGACAGACAGCACUUCACCAACCCGUAUCAAUUAUUCAUCUUGAUGAAAGACGAUGAAUCCGAUCCCACGCUCACAGAUUUGCUCAGGUCGCAGCCCGGCUCGGUCGACACCACUUCCGAUUGCAAGCACGUGUUGAGAACUUUCCUGAGGACUUCACUGAACAUUCCUCUGAACUUCGUCGACAAGCUGCUGCUGCGAUAUAAACGAGACAUUCAAGACGCGAGAGAGCUGUGCCGACAGGUCUUCACCGACGCCUAUUUCAUGUGUCCUGUGAAAAUAUUCGCCGACGUUCUAUCCGGAAUGCGAGAUACGAGCAGCGUGCUUUUCGCCAAGAGAUCUUCUUUAGUAGAUGAGUUUGAGUUGAGCGGCGACGUAGACGAAAAACUACUGGAUAUUUUAGGGCGUUUUGUCAAAACCGGCGUUCCGAAGAUUCCCGGCAAGGACGUGGAUUGGCCAAAAUUUUCUUCCGAUUCACCACAGGUCAUAUAUCUGCAGCCAGGCAACAUAACGGUCGGCCCCUUCGAUAGAACGGAACUUUGUCAGCUGUGGGAGCCCUUCAUUGUGAACAGUCGAACCCAGAGCGACGAGGAUGACGAUAUCGAUAUCGUGGCCAACCCAGAGAAAGCCGGCGAGACGAAUUCCAUGGUCGUCGCUACAACGAGUAAAACUGUGAAAGUCUCACAUGCGCCAACAUCUCGUCAGAAAUCAGCUAAACAAGGUCAAUUGUCUUCGAACGAGACCCGGAACGGGGGUGGAUCCACGGACGUGCACCACCUAGGAUUGCUGACCGCUCUCUCGCUCUCACUCACUUGCCGAUGGAUGUGGACUCGGAAGACUUAUCAAUAG